UCCCAUUUGCAUUCCAGGUGGCACGUUGGAGGAAGGUAUGAAGAAGAAAAGAGACAAAGGCAGGCUCCAACCAGAACUAAAGUAAAGUUUUUGAAGGUGUCGUACAGCAUGUCAAAUUUUAGUCCUUUGGCAAACUUACCUGCAAGGAGAAGAGAGAAAUGUAAUCGCUACUUAGGAGGGCCACCUACCCAGCCCAAAAUUGUGUGUGCAGGAACAGAGAAUAAACUGAGCUCUCUUUCUGACCUGGAGCAGCAGUACCGAGCCUUGCGCAAAUACUAUGAGAACUGUGAGGUAGUCAUGGGCAACCUGGAGAUAACCAGCAUCGAGCACAACCGGGACCUCUCCUUCCUCCGGUCUAUUCGAGAGGUCACAGGCUACGUGUUAGUGGCUCUUAAUCAGUUUCGUUACCUGCCUCUGGAGAACUUACGUAUUAUUCGUGGGACAAAACUUUAUGAGGAUCGAUAUGCCUUGGCAAUAUUUUUAAACUACAGAAAAGAUGGGAACUUUGGACUUCAAGAACUUGGAUUAAAGAACUUGACAGAAAUCCUGAAUGGUGGAGUUUAUGUAGACCAGAACAAAUUCCUUUGUUAUGCAGACACAAUUCAUUGGCAAGAUAUUGUUCGGAAUCCAUGGCCUUCCAACUUGACUCUGGUGUCAACAAAUGGUAGCUCUGGAUGUGGGCGUUGCCAUAAGUCCUGUACUGGCCGAUGCUGGGGACCCACAGAAAAUCAUUGCCAGACUUUGACGAGGACAGUGUGUGCAGAACAAUGUGAUGGCAGGUGCUAUGGACCCUACGUCAGUGACUGUUGCCAUCGAGAAUGUGCUGGAGGCUGCUCAGGACCUAAGGACACUGACUGCUUUGCCUGCAUGAAUUUCAAUGAUAGUGGAGCAUGUGUUACUCAGUGUCCCCAGACUUUUGUCUACAAUCCAACCACCUUUCAACUGGAGCACAAUUUCAAUGCUAAGUACACAUAUGGAGCAUUCUGUGUCAAGAAAUGCCCACAUAACUUUGUGGUAGAUUCUAGUUCCUGUGUACGUGCCUGUCCUAGUUCCAAAAUGGAAGUAGAAGAAAAUGGGAUUAAAAUGUGUAAACCUUGCACUGAUAUUUGCCCAAAAGCUUGUGAUGGCAUUGGCACAGGAUCACUGAUGUCAGCUCAGACUGUGGAUUCCAGUAACAUUGACAAAUUCAUAAACUGCACCAAGAUCAAUGGGAAUUUGAUCUUCCUUGUCACUGGGAUUCAUGGGGACCCUUACAAUGCAAUUGAAGCCAUAGACCCAGAGAAACUGAAUGUCUUUCGGACAGUGAGAGAGAUAACUGGCUUCUUGAACAUACAGUCGUGGCCCCCAAACAUGACCGACUUCAGUGUCUUUUCUAACCUGGUCACUAUUGGUGGAAGAGUGCUGUAUAGUGGCCUCUCCUUGCUUAUCCUCAAGCAACAGGGCAUCACUUCUCUUCAAUUCCAGUCUCUGAAGGAAAUCAGCGCAGGAAACAUCUACAUAACCGACAAUAGCAACUUAUGUUAUUAUCAUACCAUUAACUGGACAACGCUCUUCAGCACUAUCAACCAAAGAAUAGUGAUCCGGGACAAUAGGAAAGCUGAGAACUGUACUGCAGAAGGAAUGGUGUGCAACCAUCUCUGUUCAAGUGAUGGCUGUUGGGGACCUGGGCCAGACCAGUGCCUGUCAUGCCGACGCUUCAGUAGGGGAAGGACCUGCAUAGAGUCUUGUAACCUCUAUGAUGGAGAAUUUCGGGAGUUUGAGAAUGGCUCCAUCUGUGUGGAGUGUGACCCCCAGUGUGAGAAGAUGGAAGAUGGUAUACUCACAUGCCAUGGACCGGGACCUGACAACUGUACAAAGUGCUCCCAUUUUAAGGAUGGCCCAAACUGUGUGGAAAAAUGUCCAGAUGGCUUACAAGGGGCAAACAGUUUCAUUUUCAAAUAUGCUGAUCAGGAUCGGGAAUGCCAUCCAUGCCAUCCAAACUGUACCCAAGGGUGUAGCGGUCCCACUAGUCAUGACUGCAUUUACUACCCAUGGACGGGCCAUUCCACUUUACCACAACAUGCUAGAACUCCCCUGAUUGCAGCUGGAGUCAUUGGUGGGCUCUUCAUCCUGGUCAUCGUGGGUCUGACAUUUGCAGUUUAUGUUAGAAGGAAAAGCAUCAAAAAGAAAAGAGCCUUGAGAAGAUUCUUAGAAACAGAGUUGGUAGAACCCUUAACUCCCAGUGGCACAGCACCCAAUCAAGCUCAACUUCGUAUUUUGAAAGAAACUGAGCUCAAGAGAGUAAAAGUACUUGGCUCUGGUGCUUUUGGAACUGUUUAUAAAGGCAUUUGGGUACCUGAAGGAGAAACAGUGAAGAUUCCUGUGGCUAUUAAGAUUCUCAAUGAGACAACAGGUCCUAAAGCCAAUGUGGAGUUCAUGGAUGAAGCUCUGAUCAUGGCAAGUAUGGACCAUCCACACCUAGUUCGACUAUUGGGUGUGUGUCUGAGCCCAACAAUUCAACUGGUUACGCAGCUUAUGCCCCAUGGCUGCCUGUUGGAUUACGUCCAUGAGCACAAGGAUAACAUUGGUUCUCAGCUGCUGCUUAACUGGUGUGUCCAAAUAGCUAAGGUAAGUAAGUGCUCAUCACUUCUAGUGGAAAUCACAUUUCUUGGUUUAUAUCUCCUAAUCUAG